GUGUCUGUGAUUAAGAGACUGAAAUAAUGCUGUGCAUGUUUCUCAUCUUACCUGCUGUGCCACAAAUAGUUCUAUAACUUCUUUAAUGACUGAGCCUUUUUGCCUUGGGUUCGAUAACUAAAGACAUAGUCUUAGACACAGGUCAUCCAACUAACUCAGUUGCUUUUGAAGGUAUCAUUGUAAUGCUUAUCCAAUUGAAUUGAGGUUUGUAAAUAUGAAAAGGAUUGAUUACAAUUGCAAACAGCAUAUUCCCUAAAUAUUAAUUACAAGGCACUGCAUGCAUGAUAUUGUUAUUGGGCGCUGAGCCCCCCUAAAACUUUGAACCUAGAAUCGCGCCUGCCUCGGUUAUUUUGGACUUGUCAUUAAACUGGGAAAAGAAACAAAAAAAAGGAAAGAAAGAGAGCGAAGGAAAAUACGCUGCCUCCUUAUCUGAACGGCGCCUGAGGGCAGGGGUACAUCUGACUUCCUUCACUAAAGCCGUUGCCAUGGACAACCGCUGCGUUGUCACUAUGCGUUGCACUCCUGAAAAUCACGUAGGUUGAACUUUUUCUGUCGUUUCGUUGUGUAAUUUAUUUAAACUGAGAUAGAAUGUAAACUCUUGUCAUGGUCACGGGUUUACAGUGAGUGACUCUGAAGUUAAUGGACUAUAAAGGCUGCAGAAAGCUGUAAGCUAACCUUCAUCUGGGACGAAAGAGACAGAGCGAAGGCGGUAAAUGUUUUCCAGGGAAACUAUUCCAGCAAAGUCUGACCCAAAAGGCAACAUGUCAGAAAAGAGUGUUUGUAACCCAACCUGUGAUGACGAAAACAUUUCAGAGAAAGAACAGGAAGAAGUCCUCGUCUUUGAGACUGAACUGUUGUCCAGCACCGAUUCAUAUGAGGAUAUUAAAGUGCAAACAGAUGACAGUGCCUACUACGUCACAUGGACAGUUUACAUAGCUCUAGCCGUUCCACAGGGGGAAGUCAGUGCUCCUGAAGAUUCUGAGAAAGCAAUGAAAACAAAGAAUGUGUCGGUCCACAAAGCUCAGAGCUGCUAUCAUAUUGAAUACAAAUUGUUGCCAGGUGAUACUGAGACGGUUAAAGUGGACAUACUAGUAUUUGGGCCGGCAGCAAAAAUAUACAGAGAAGACGAGUGCAAGAUUCUAAGAACGUGGCUUGAGGGAGAUCAGAUUUGGGUUGGCUGGGCCCAGAGGUUUAACAUCGGAGUCAGCAGGGAUGUGCUCAUCAGUCUGCUUCCUCAUAAGAUCAGGCUUCAGAUUUGGAACACUAAAGAUAAACUGUGCAGCCAAGCCCGCUACGAAAGAGUCAGAGCCUUCAGACUGUCACAGGAGCUGUCUGAGGAUGACACAGAGCGCGGUUGUAUUGAGACGAUGGUGAACAACCUGAGGAGCCUGUAUGAAAAGAAGACAAACACAUCUAAAAGUCAUAGAAGCAAUUUUUGUGUUGAUCUCAGUCCAGAUGUGGGAUCAGAAACAGGUUUUGAAAAAACCACAAGUGAUUCUCAUAACCUCGAGGCCAUCAGAAACAGUGGCACUGCAUCGUUUGAAAUCACCCCUGUUUGUUUGUUGGCAGGUGAGAACUCACUGACUGAGAACAUCCCAGUCUGUUCUUCGGGGGUUUUUGAGAUCAUCUUCAACAUUUCUCUGGAUCAAUCACUGAUGUCAGACCAACUGAAGGCUGAACUCAAUCCACUGGUUAUUACAAUUUUGUCAGCCACUUCACUGCCUUCAUCGUCAGUGCCUUUUCACGUCCUGCAGGAGAAUUGUAUGCCCGUUUAUUGCCAGUAUAAGUUCCAUAAUUUAAAUGAACACAGGACAAACUAUCACAAGCAGGACACCAACAUCUACUUCAGAGAUGUGAAUGUAAUCUUGACUGGUCUGAUGAGUCGUAAAGAGCUGUAUGAGUUCCUAUCUGGUCCACCUCUAGAGAUAGAGGUUCAUGAUCGUGACCAAAAAUCGGAAGCGCUGAAAACGCAGACACUUGGGACUGCGUCAGAGCAUGACAUCCAGUUCGGUGGAUCGGUAUUACAGCAGAAGUCUUCAGCCAUUAAUCCUCAUGGUAUUGCAAAACUAAACCUCUCUGAGCUACUGCUGGGGAAGAAAAGUCUAAAGGUGCGCUUGCCAAUUAAAUGCAGCCCUUUGCUACUGGACAGGGAGCGAAGCCCACACAAGAGGAAGAUGUCAGAGAAGCCAAUGCCACAAGGCCAUUAUUAUGCUGCCAAUUCUCAACUUAAAGUCAAAGUCGAGAUAACUUGCCCACUCAGUGUUCAGAAUGACAGCUGUGAUGAAGACUCCUGUAAGGGUCCAUUUGGCCGCAUUGUCUACCUCUUUGAAUACAGCAACUCCUCUGCGAUGACCAAGCUGAGGUCCGAGAUACUGCGAAUCAAUGCGGCAGCUUUCCAUCUGGGCUCACGCUCAGUGGAAAACAUAGAGACAGCCCUGUCAAAUUGCCAAAUGAAUUUCAAGCACAGUGAGACCAAGGAUCUGGAUUUUGUUUCAGGGUUUCAUGUGAUAGAUAAGAAGACCCAAAUCUUUGUCCUUGAAGGGCUCAAACAAAAAGCAGUGAAGAGACUCUGGGAAGCCAUUCCUAUGAAGCUAAGUGGGAGUGAGGAGGAGCAGGUGACAGUGCUAUAUAAUUCAAACCUGGCUUUCUUCAGACGCAUCUAUGACUCACUAGAAAUGAGCCUGAGUCCUAUCCAUCUGAGUCAGUCACUGGAGACCAUCAUGAAAAAGUCUCAGAUCUACAUUAUAGGCACGAUCCCCCAACCCUGCUUUCAGGCUUUGUCAAGGUUAAGCCAGCUUUGUCAAGUGAAGCAGCUUAAAGAGGUGGUGGAGUACAACCUGUUCCCCUCAGCUGACAUGAUUCUCAGCUUGAGCAGUGUAUUUGGUUUAUAUGCUGAGAAGAGGGAGCAAAAGGUUUGGGCAAACACUGAAGGGAGCAUUCCCACUCUGCCUAUCAGGAUGAAAAGACAUGGGCCCAUCAGCACACAUAACACAGAGUACAUCACACGGAAACAGAACAGGCCUCUCCAACAGCUGAAAGACUUUGUUCAGGAAAAUAUUAAAAAGGUGCAAGAGCAGAGAGAGCAGUUGCAGAAGCCAGAGGCUGCAGUGUUAAGGAUAGACGUGGCUGCAGGAAGAGCAGCACACAACUACAGCAUCCAGACCUUCAACUCAAAUGAGCGAGCUAGGGAACUGCUCUGCAAAGAGAUGGCCAAGGUACCUGGGCGCAGGUUUACCUACAGUCAAUGGUAUAACAGUGCAACAGUGGAACCGGGAGACAUUCCAUGGAAAACCAAUGCUAGAUCUUCUACAUCUACAUUUUGGAAUAUUAGCACGAGCAAGUCCAAAGUGCACCCUAACCACCCAGAUGAAGCUCGUGUGGAAGAGCUGAGAAAGCCGUGGAGGGAGAACAUCCUACAUGCCAACACACUGAAACCCACACUUUCACGGGACACAUGGCCCUGGACUCAACGCUCGGAGGACUUUGAGCUCUACAGGAAACCUCCCCGAUUCUUCAGCACCUCUCCCGUGACCAUCUACCUGGCUGGAGAUUGUCUACAGCAGGAGCAGCUCCAAGCAGCCAGAGCUCAGUACAGCCGCUGGAAGAAGCAGCUACUUCCUGACGGCAGCAACGUUAACUCAGCAGACAACAGCCCCGUCCAACAAUUCAAGUGUCACAUGAAAGGAAACCUGGAGAGAACUCAGGAUAUACUGAAAGAUCUGCCAAAGAAAUAUUCACUGAGGAAACCAGGCAUGAUGCUUAAGGUACAGCAUUUCCACUCAUUCCAAGUGGCACUCAGAAUUCAGUACAAAGGAGUACAGCUCAACAACAUGAAAAGCCUUCAGAAUAAACAUGCAGACAACUAAAACUGAUCAUUAAGGGAAAGUUAAGGUCAGAACUCUUGUAUGUGACUAGAUUAGCUUAGGCUAGAGGCACUU